GGCCUGAUGACAGCCUAAUAAAUAUGAGUGUAUAUGCAUAAGAAGAAAUGACAACUGUGGAACUGCUGUGGACAUAUUAUGAGGAAUGUUAUAGACAUAUUUAGAUAACACCAAAAAUAAAAUACAGUGACAGUUUCUGUGGAUGUGCUACUAUUUCUGUUAUUAUUAUGUUACUUAUACAAAACCGUUUGGUGUUUUUAAAGAGCGUUUAUUUAAUUAAAUGAAGUUGAUGUAUUAGUGUGACAUGUAAAAUGUGAACAUUUUGGGUGCUUGUUUUAUAAUUUAUUUUAAUUUUAUAAAAUUAGCAAUGGCUUACGAAAGUGGAAUGUUUAAUUCCGACUCGUCACAAAAUAUUUUGGAAUCUUUACAGAAUGAUUUCAAGAAUUUAUCUGUAGAGACAAAAAAGAAGUAUCCUCAAAUUAAAGAGUCAUGUGAAGAGGCUGUUAAUAAACUUAAAGCUAAUGCUAAUAGCUCACAAACUGCAAUAUAUCCUGUAAUAAAUCAAAUACUUUAUCCAUUAGUACAAGGUUGUGAAACUAAAGAUAUCAAAAUAAUCAAGUACUGUUUACCUAUUAUUCAGAAACUAAUAACUCAACAACUAAUUGACCAGAAGGGUGCAAGGUAUAUCACCGAUACUUUAUGGUCUCUAAUGGAAGCUGGAAUAGAGGAAGUAAAAGUACUACAGUCAGUUACUUUACUAUUAACAACUAAUACAGUUGUUCAUGGUGAAACAUUAGCUAGAGUGUUAGUAUUAUGUUUUCGGCUUCAUUUUGCUAAGAACUCAACAACUAUAAACACUGCUGGUGCUACAGUAAGACAAUUGGUAAACUUAGUAUUUGAGAGGGUUACUACAGAAGAUGAACAAUUAUCAAAUGUAGAGGAUCCUCCCCCUGCAAGAAAUGUAAAUUUAGAAGAAUUGAAAACACCUAGUGGUAUUGCACCUAAAGGUAUGCCACCUUGUGCUGCUGAUGCAUACCUGCUUUUCCAAGAUUUGGUUCAAUUAGUAAAUGCUGAUCAACCUUUCUGGUUGCUUGGAAUGACUGAGAUGACAAGAACAUUUGGAUUAGAAUUACUGGAAUCUGUUCUAUUAAAUUUUAGUAUUGUAUUUUUUAAGAAUGCUGAGUUCAGUUUUUUGUUGAAGGAAAGAGUUUGUGCAUUAGUUAUUAAGCUUUUUUCUCCAAACAUUAAAUACAGAAGCUCUGUUCCUGCCAGUAUUCAACAAGCAACACCUUUUGAUAAACCAUACUUCCCAAUUAGUAUGAGACUACUUAGAGUAGUCUCAAUUUUGAUACAAAAAUAUCACAGCCUUUUGAUAACAGAAUGUGAAAUAUUUCUUUCACUUAUAAUAAAGUUUUUGGAUCCUGAUAAGCCAAUGUGGCAACGUUCACUAGCUUUAGAAGUACUCCAUAGAAUGACAAUUCAACCGGAAUUAUUGAGUUCCUUUUGUGAAUGUUAUGACUUAAAAAAACAUACAACCAGAAUAUUUCAAGACAUUGUGAAUUCAUUGGGCGCUUAUGUACAAUCCUUAUUUAUUAAGCCACAAAUACAAACAAGUCAUCAAAUUCCAAUAACGCAAAGUCAGUCUCCAACCUUUUUGGUUGUACUACCCACAGGUCCUGGUGUUUCACCACAACCUGGCUUUCUUUCUCGAGGUGUGUGGCUACCUCAAGUCAUUACUUUUCCCACAGGAACAACAAAAUCAACUUAUUUAGAAAUGUUAGAAAAGAUCGAUCCACCAGUAAUUCCUGACGGUUAUGGUGUAUCAAUUGCAUAUGCCUGUAUUCUAGAGAUAAUUCGCUCUCUUCAAAUAAUAAUAACCCCAUGUCAAGAAACUGACGGACAAGUUGUGGCAAGUCCCCCUUUAGACGAAACCAAAAAAGAACUGCAUCGUCAAUUGAUAAAUUCUAGUUGGUGCGGACUUUUAGCCGCAUUAAAUCCUCUAAUGGAAGCUAGUACUGAUGAAUCAGUUACAGAGAGUUUAUUAAAAGCAGUUCAAACUUAUGCUUCCUUAUGUGGAUUAUUAGAUUUACCUACCCCACGAGAUGCAUUUAUCAUGACCAUUUGUAAAUCAUCUUUGCCUCCUCAUUAUGCACUAACCGUUUUAAACGCUGUAACUCCUGGAAUGAAUGUAAGAGGUAUCAUUAAUUGUGCCUUUAGUGACGAACCUUUGCUAUUUUUUGAGUUUGAAGGUCAAGGAAAACCUGAGAUGCAAGACUUAUAUUCCCAGUGUGUUGCUCAGUAUCCUGAAACUGACUAUAGGCAACAAGUUGUCGCUGUUGGUACGCCAUUGUCGACAUCAUCUGUACCAGUAGGAGCUCAACAGGGACCUGUAAUGUUAACUGGUAAAAAUUUACAGUCCAUGCGUGCACUGCUAAAUUUGGCUCAUUGUCAUGGAGGAAUUCUGGGAACUUCGUGGCAUUUCGUUUUAACUACUCUGCAGCAUCUAGUUUGGAUUUUGGGUUUGAAACCAUCAACAGGCGGUAGUUUAAAAGCAGGUCGUGCUGCUGCCGAUUCUAACGCUGUGAUAACAACUGCUGUUAUGGCGGAUUUACCAGUAUUAUCUACCAUGCUUAGUAGAUUAUUUGAAUCAAGUCAGUAUUUGGAUGACGUAGCUUUACAUCAUCUUAUAAAUGCCCUUUGUAAACUGUCUCAAGAAGCAAUGGAAUUAGCAUAUUCUAAUAGAGAGCCAUCUUUAUUUGCGGUGGCAAAAUUGUUGGAAACAGGUUUGGUUAAUAUGUCGCGCAUUGAAGUCCUUUGGAGACCGCUAACCAAUCACUUAUUGGAGGUUUGUCAUCAUCCCCAUAUUAGAAUGCGCGAAUGGGGAGUGGAAGCUGUAACUUAUCUCGUAAAGGCAGCAUUGCAACAUAAACAUUCAGUACCUUUAAGGGAAAACCAAAAAUUACAAACUCUUUUACUUGGGCCAUUGGCCGAAUUAUCAUCCGUUCCACACGGUGAUGUAAGACAACGACAGUUGGAAUGUGUUUUACAGAUAUUACACAGUUCCGGCGAAUCAUUUUCUCAUGGGUGGCCACUUGUGUUGGAUAUUAUUGGAGCAGUGUCUGACCAUCACGGGGAAAAUUUAAUUAGGAUUGCCUUCCAAUGUUUGCAACUUGUGAUAACAGAUUUUUUGCCUGUGAUGCCCUGUAGAUGUUUACCUCUCUGUGUUGAUACUGUAGCUAAAUUCGGAUCUCAAAUGCAAGAAUUAAACAUUUCUUUAACUGCUGUAGGAUUAAUGUGGAAUAUUUCAGAUUACUUUUAUCAAAAUCAAGCCAAAUUAAACCAGACUUUGACGGAAGAAGUAGCGAUUUUACCAGAUUUUCCUGGUACACCAAAUAUGCCACAUUUUGAUAAACUGUGGAUGUGCCUUUAUUCUAGAUUAGGUGAUUUAUUUGUUGAUCCCAGACCUGCUGUUCGAAAAUCGGCUGGACAGACACUAUUUUCUACUAUUUCAGCACACGGAGGUCUAUUAAAACAAUCUACGUGGCAAGCCGUUCUUUGGCAAGUUCUAUUUCCUUUAUUAGAUAAAGUAAGAACAUUAACGAAGUCUGCCAGCAGCGAAAAAGUUGAUACAGAUGGUUUUUUUUAUACACUGUUACAUUUUUAUUUAUGUUACUUAGGUAGCAACAUUUUAAUACACCAUACUAGAAAUACUGCUCAAAAACAAUGGGCAGAAACACAAGUUUUAGCACUGUCUGGUGUUGCAAGAGUAUUCAAUACAAAACAUACAGUGCUACAAGCUUUAGGUGAUUUUCCUAGAGCAUGGACAGUUUUACUAGAAUUUAUAGAAAAUGCUGCACUAAGUAAAAACAACGAAGUUUCAUUUGCUGCUCUCAAAUCUUUUCAUGAAAUUCUUUACUCAAAUAAAAACCAAAACUCAAAAGACGACAAGAGGAAAGUUAAUGAAGAUGUAAACAUUUGGAAUGUUGCAUGGAAAGUUUGGUUGAAGAUUGGGACUGAUAUAACUGUUCCCAAUAUAACCGCAGGAGACACUUCUGACGAUCUUUAUUUGCCCAGUCAAGCCUUUUUAACAGCUUUGGUACAAAUAUUUCCCAGCAUUUUUCAACAUGUAUCUUCAAAUUUUACAUUAGAUGACGUGAAAAAAUUAGGCAGUGUUUUUUUAAACACGGUGUCAGUACCAGCGUAUGGAGAAAACUCGUCAUACCUUAUUCAAUCAUAUUCUGAUGACAGUUUGACUCCCCUCCAUGAAGGAGUUUUGCACUCAUUGGAACUUCUUCAAAAAGAACUUCUUGCCAAAGAUAACAAUAAAAUGGUUACCGAAAUAUUUAGACAAUAUUUAACGUUCGGAAAAUUUGUGCUAAAUCCUCCUGUUGUUGGAAAGAUAGAUUUAAAGUUUGUAAAGGCUUCUGAAUGGAUGACUAUUAAUUACGUCCCAUUUGGAGAAAAAUCUAUUGCUAUGGCCGUAAAAUUGUACGAGAAAACUGCUCAAAAUCCUGAGGUUAUAAACGCUAAUAUUUUACAUGAUAUUAUAUUAACUUUACACGCACCUUUAUCCAUGAAAUACAAUUGCGUUUCGAGUUGCAUUUGGAAAAUGGCAGCAACCAGUUUAAUUAGCGUUUUGAAGAUAGGCUUGCCUGUAGCUAGAACUAAUGGAAAUCGUUUCGAAAAAAUGUGGGAUCAGUUGUCUGUGACACUCAAUGAGUUUUUGUUCCCAAAAGCGACUCCACCCGCUGACAGAGGCUUAGACGAAUUUGUGGCCGACGAGUCGAUAGAUUGUCAAAUAAUUGAGCUAAUUCGAACAGAAAUUUUGCCCUAUUCUGCUAAUAUUCCUAAACAGUUCAUACUAAAUAUUGUAGUUCUAUUGAACAAAGGUUCCAUACAUUCCGCGACAACCACUAACAUUGAUUCUGAAACAGAGUUGACGCUAAGAGAAGAAUUCGCCAAGAUAUGUUUCGAAACACUGUUACAGUUUUCCAUGAUAGACGGUGAUAACAACCCUGUAAUGUUAAGUAGUGACGAAAACGAGGGUGUGGCAGGAAAACUCGCGAUUACAGCGUUACUACACAGAUUUCAAGAGGUUUUAAAGAAAUACAUUGAAGAUGAAAAGUUAAGUGGUAAAUUGCCAUUGCCCCGGUACAGAUUAUCGGAAAUUUCGUUUGUGUUGAAAGCAGUAACAACCCUUAUCAUUUCUAUGAAGAAAUCUUCUCUAGGAAAAGAUGAUAACGUAGCCUGGGAACAAUUAAUAGGAUUAUAUCCAUAUCUUGUGGAGUGUACCAUGUCAACAUCUUCGCAAGUUUCAAGGCCGCUUCGAGAGGCAUUAUUACAAUUUAGUGAUCUUUUACAACCGCCCCAUAUCAAAACUCAAGUAACUACAAACGGUUUAAAAAACAAUAUUAAAUAGUAAAUAUUUACUAUUUUUUUGUGUAUAUAUAUUGGCCAUAUGUGUACAUAUUUUUACGAAAUUAUUUAUAAUUAUAUAGUGAUGUACAUACACAAGUAUCUUACAUUCAAAGAUCUAUCGAAAUUUUAAAUUUGCUUAUUUAUCUUUGCCAAAUUAGCAGUAGUUUUCAUAUUUCCCUAAUGGAUAAAUACACAUUUCUUCAUAACUAAGUACGAAUUUGUUCAUAAUUUCUAAAAUAAGAUAAGGGUUUUUCUUUCAGUAGUUCUUUUUUUGACAUUCCAUUCUGCUGUAAAGUUUCUAAUAAUUUUGAAAUUUGCUUUCUUACAAAUAUUUAAUAAAUGUGAUAUGUUAAGGUUCUUAAUUGUUGACUGUCUCUAUUGCUGUUCAUUUUUGAAUCAAAAUGUCUGUUAGUGUGACCAAAUUAAGUUAAAUAUCGACAAAAGAAACCUUAAUGUACAUGAAUUCUUUAAAGAGUUGAUUUUCACUAAAAGCCAAAAGUUGUGACUCAGUAAACUUGCUUUCUUAAAUCUAUAAUGAAGUGUCAAAGUAUUGAUGUAGUUGUGUAAAUAAGAAACUAAAUUAAAUCUACAGUUUUUCAUAUUGCAUUUGUUGUAAUUAAUCUAUGUACUCGGGUUUGGUGUUGAACAUUUAGUGCAAUUUUAGGGUUUUCGAGUUUAUCUCUACCCAGUUUCAGCAAACAACGACAAUUCUUGUAAAUAAACGCAAGUUUGUUGAGCACACUUUUAUGUACUGAUACUCUCUUAGCGUAUUACAAUGGUUGGCCUAUUUAAUCAACUUAUAGAAGGUCGAUCUUCAAUUGUAGUAUAUGUUUUUUUAUUUGUUGUUACAUAUACCAAGGGUAUCGUUUGUGUAAUUACAUUUAAUAUGAAAUAAAACUAGCCAAUAAAAUUUUCAAAAUUCAUAUCUAAACAAAGACUCUGUAGGAAUUUAGUACAUGUUCUAUUUUUUUGCGUGUGUUGCUUUAAUUAGUUUAUAUA